AUGCACCAAGGAUGUCUCAUUGCUGGCUGGAUUGUACAAGCAGCUCCCCAGCAAGUGGCUGAAGACAAAUUUGUGUUUGAUUUACCGGACUAUGAGAACAUCAACCAUGUAGUGGUCUUCAUGCUGGGAACGAUACCAUUUCCAGAAGGAAUGGGAGGAUCUGUCUAUUUCUGUUACCCGGACCCAAGCGGGCUGGCAGUGUGGCAGCUGCUGGGGUUUGUCACUAAUGAGAAGCCAAGUGCCAUCUUCAAAAUUUCUGGUCUGAAAUCUGGGAAGGGAAGUCAACAUCCCUUUGGAGCCAUGAACCUCCCUCAGACGCCAACGGUGGCCCAGAUUGGAAUCUCAGUGGAACUGCUGGAGAGCCUGGCCCAGCAGACUCCUGUUGCAAAUGCUGCUGUGUCAUCAGUAGAUUCCUUCACGGAGUUCACUCAGAAGAUGUUGGAUAACUUCUAUAACUUUGCUUCCUCGUUUGCUGUUACUCAGGCACAGAUGACCCCAAAUCCCUCGGAAGCUUUCAUUCCUGCAAACGUAGUUCUGAAAUGGUAUGAGAACUUCCAGAGACGUCUGACACAGAAUCCUCUCUUCUGGAAAACAUAAGCUGAAAUGGUGCCCUUUGAAGUGCUUUCUAAACAGUGCUGCCUGCAAAGGGCAGCAGCUAACUGCACGGCAUAAUUUUGAGGGAAAGCAAACAAGUAUUAGUCUGUAUAGACAAGCUUGUAACUUUUGUAUUACUCUUGAAAUGUAUUUAAAAUUAAACCCCCUGGAAACU